AUGACGGAAGUUAAAUUCCUUGGUCAUGUUAUAUCACAAGGAGGAGUGGCUAUGGAUCCAUCAAAAGUAGAAGCAUUGGUCAACUGGGAGAGGCCUAAGAAUGUUUCAGAGGUUAGAAGCUUCUUGGGUCUAGCCGGAUAUUAUCGGAGAUUCAUCAAGGGAUUUUCUCAAAUAGCCUUACCUUUAUCCCGACUCACUCGAAAGGAAACUCAGUUUGUGUGGGACGAAAAAUGCGAGGAGAGUUUUAUAGAGCUCAAGAAGCGUUUGACUACGGCCCCAGUUUUAGUUAUCCCGGAUAUCAAUAUCCCGUAUGAAGUCUGUUGUGAUGCAUCGAAGAAAGGACUCGGAGGAGUUCUAAUGCAGAAUGGGCAAGUAGUAGCUUACGUUUCUCGACAAUUGAGACCGCAUGAAGAAAACUACCCUACUCAUGACUAA